UUUCCAUGGCUACGGCGUCACAACAAGCGUUGCUGAAAUUAACUGGUCAUCUGUAGUCCUAAAUAAGAUACUGUAAUAAAAGAAGGAAAAUGUUGAGUUCACGAUAUUAUAGUGCGUCGAGGCUUGGCACUGACGCGAAGCCCCGUACUGCGAUGGUGGUUGAUGAAGAUGAUGAGUUGUACGCGGGGUUCAACGAGGUGGCUCCAGCUUUGGACACGCGCAACCUGCGGGAAGACCAGGACUUCCAGGAGGCACUGCGCACUGCUGGCAUCGGGAGGAAGCUGCCCAGCAGGAUGGGCACAGGGAUGACGCGCAUGGGCACAGUUUCAGUGCGCGGGAACAGUUCGCGUGCGGCCACGGCGGCGCGGCCCGUCACGGCCGUGCGAGCCGCUGGCUACACCUCUACACUGCGCGACCUGCCUGCAAGAGAUGAUGUCAAGGAGGAUAGUAUUGAAGAGCGGGUGAAACAAAUGGAAGCUCGAAUAAUGACACUGGUUGAAGAGUCGUGCAUGCUGAGCGCACGAUCAUCCGAUCCUGAUGAUGAUAAUGCGCCGAAGAAAGAAGUCGACCUGGGACAGGCUUUAGCCAAAGCACAAGAGGCUUCGGCAAUGGAAAGGCAGUUGAUUCGUAUGCAAGAACAAGCUAAUCUUGGUGAUACACAUAAUCUAGACCUGACAUUUGCUGUUCUAUGCAACUUGGCAGGCCAAUAUGCGAUCAAUGAAAUGUACACUGAAGCAUUGAAUACUUAUCAAUUGCUCACCAGGAAUAAGCUGUUCCCUCACGCCAACAGACUCAAGGUAAACAUGGGUAACAUCUAUUUCAAAAUGGGCGAGCAUCCAAAGGCCCUAAAAUUGUACAGAAUGGCGCUCGAUCAGACACCGACUGCUGAAAAAGAUUUGAGAAUGAAAGUGAUGCACAACAUCGGUCUACUCUUGGUGCGUAUGGGCAAGUUCCGAGACGCCGUCACUAACUUCCAACACAUCAUGCACGAACAAGGAGACUUUCAAACGGGCUUGCACCUCGUGCUGUGUUCGGUGGCAUUGAACGACGCUGAAGGUGCCAAGGCGGCAUUCCACGCAAUGCUCGAUGUGGAGCCGCCGACCUUCCACCAGGAUAUCACUAUAGAUGACGAAAACGACGCAUACGAGUGCGUAGUCCGUGACGUGGUCCGCGGUGACCGUCUGUCGCGCUGGUCGCGUCGCGGCGCCGCGCAUGCUGAGCGUUGUCUAGCGCUGGCAGCCGCUGCCGCCGCCAUGCAGCGCCCAGGCUCCAGGGGACCCGACUCCGGCGGCAUGUCGUGGUGCGUGGAGGCGCUGCGCGGGUACAGCGGCGGCGCGGCGGGCGCGCGGCUGGAGCUGGGCGGCGCGCUGGCGGCACUGCGCGCGAGGCCGCCGCCCGCUGCACACGCGCAGAAGGCGCUGCAGCGCCUCAAGGCCGUCGCCCGCGCGCAUCCGCACGACCGCGUGCUCCGCGCCGAAGCCAACACUGACGCUGCUUUCGUUGCGUAUGCGCUAGGCAACUGGUCGGAAGCCCGUCAGCUGAGCGAGGCGGCGUCUCGCGACGACCCGUACUCGUGCUGCGCGCGCGUCACGGGCGCGCUGGCGGCCGCCCGCGCCGCCGACGCCGCCGCGCCCGCCUGGCACCAGGCUGCUGAGCAACUCGCCGCCGCCACGCAUCUCGAUCCUGCUGAUCUUAUCGCUGCACACGAUCUUGCGCUAGCUCUAGAGCGCAGUGAUUCAGCGUCUGCGCAGGAGGGCGCCAUCGCGCGGUGGUCGCUGGUGCGCAACGCCAGCGGCGCGGGCGCCACGCUGCGGGCACUCGCUGCCGCCGGCCUCGCGCGCAGGCACCACCACAAGCACGACGCCGCCGCCGCCGACCACUGGUACAGUCUCAUUGGCAGCUGGGAUGCCGGAGUAACAUGUGCUCUAGCGCACCUACACAGCGAAAUGGGCGACAUACAAACUGCCAAACAUCAUUUCCAAGAUGUAGAAGCAGUGUGGCCAUGUGAGCUAUCGGCGCUGGAAUGGCUUGCGAACGAGGCGCCUCCCGACGUGGCGCUGCAGUACUACAGGCGAGCUGCACGAUCGCAGCCAACUAACGCUAAAUGGGGUUUGCUGAUGGGAGCGUGCCUGCGAGCCAGUGGGCGAUAUCAAGAAGCGUUGUCGCUCUACAAGAAGAUGAACUCACGGUUUCCUGACAAUGUGCAGUGUUUGAAGUUGAUAGUGAAACUCUGUGGUGAUCAAGGCCUAUCCGAGACAAGCACGUGGACGCGGGAGCUGCAGCGAGCGCAAGCCAGGGUAAAGCAGAAAGAGCAAGCGGUUACGUCAGCAGGAAGUAUCUCCUCAGGGGCCAGUCAGUCGCCCAUCGACCAGAUCAGAGGCGCCGCGCGCGUGGACAGCGCGGGGGGAGGGGGAGGGGGCAGCGCCGCCUCGCGCCGCGCUAGCGAUGCCCGCCCCGACAGCUCGCGCCCCAGCACCAGGCCAUACGCGUAUUCGAGUACAUCGAAUUCAGAUGGUUUGCAGCCGGUCAACCGGUCAAUAAACCGCUCUGAGACGAAGAAGAAACAUAUAGAAGAAUUUGACGAUGACCUACCUCUACCCCCAGAAUAGACGUUUGUGAAACUUGAAUAUGUUCAUAAUUAAACUUCUUUUGUACCUACGGA